UCCUCAAAACGCAUCGUUUCCUUUUCCUCACCACACCAGUCACCAGCUCUCUUGUUCCGAAAUCCAAUUGCGAAGCGAGAACUCUGCAGAGAGAGAGAGAGAGAGAGAGGGAUGGAGGUAAGGGCGACGGAAGGAGCAGAUGGGUCAGGAUCAGGAAGAGGGAGAUUCACGUUAAAGCCAACAAGAAUAAACAGCGAGGACAUAUUAUUUUGCUUAGACAUCGAUGCAGAAUCAAUGGCGGAAAUGAAAACUACAGGCCCAACUGGUAGACCUCUAACCAGAUUAGAAUCUAUCAAGCAAGCUAUUCUUCUUUUUAUCAAUGCCAAGCUAUCUAUCAAUCCCGAUCAUCGCUUUGCUUUCGCCACUCUUUCUAAAUCCGCUUCUUGGCUUCGAAAAGAGUUUAGUGGUGAAGUUGAGUCUGCAGUUGCUGCUCUUAGGGGGCUGUCAGCUAGUUCAUCUUCUGGUCAAGCAGACCUUACACAUUUAUUUCGAUUAGCAGCUCAUGAAGCCAAGAAAUCCCAUGCUCAAAACCGGAUUUUAAGAGUGAUUCUUGUCUACUGUAGAUCAUCUGUUCGACCACAACACCAAUGGCCGAUUAACCAGAAACUCUUUACCUUGGAUGUCAUGUAUCUCCAUGAUAAACCUGGACCUGACAACUGUCCCCAGGAGGUCUAUGAUGCACUUGUAGACACCCUUGAACAUGUUAGCGAGUACGAGGGUUACAUAUAUGAGACUGGGCAGGGCGUCCGGGUCCUUCUCCGCUACAUGUCUAUUCUGUUAGCUCACCCUCAGCAACGAUGCACCCAAGAUGACAUGGACAUACCCAAGGCUCUAGCAAAAAGAUCACCUGCAGCUGAUUCAGCAAAUUGUGAAGAUAGCGUCACCGUAUCCAGCCAAUGAGACCAUGAGUUUUUCAGUGAUAAUGAGUUCCAUGUUGUUUCUUAUAUUUUUGCUUUAUUUCUUUGCUAUUGAAAAUGUCUCCUGUAUGUGCUUUUGAGCUUUUGCUGAAGUUAGUGAAGUCUUCCAGUUGACGACGUAUAUUUGGCGCACUUAACCUUAGCCUAUAUUUUUGUACAAGUUGUAAAUUCAUCUUUUCUAUGGAAUCUCAGCCAACCAUCUAGCAAGAUUGCAUUUUAUCA